CCCCUUCUCUGUGGAUUGUGGCGUUCAAGAAAAUGAUGCAGAAUCCCCUGGAGCUGGAAGCUCAUUACCUGCCUCACGAGCCGAUCCAUGAUUAUAGGUCUCACCGAUACAGGAGCUUUAUGAUCGAGGAGAUACUGACUGAGCCCCCAGGCUCAGGCAAAGCCGCGAACGGGGGAGAACUCCUCAAAUUCGGGGUCCAUGCCCUCCUGAAUAGUCGGCCGUACCAUAGCCAUCUAGCUGGUCUGAAAUCAGAUCACAGUGGAGCUUUUAAGUUCCCGCUGGGUCCGAUCUCGUGUAGCCUUGCCGCUCCCUUGGGUUCCGCGUUGGUAUCUGGAGGAUCAAGCCUGUCCAGCGGCCACGGAGCUCCUCACCUUCCACUCGACCUGCACCUCCGAUCAAAGCUGGACCAAGGUCCCGAACCAGGAAACAAAGCGAAAAAAGGCAGGAGGAGCCGGACAGUCUUCACUGAACUACAAUUAAUGGGCCUCGAGAAACGAUUUGAAAAGCAGAAAUAUCUUUCCACACCAGACAGAAUAGAUCUAGCAGAAUCCUUGGGUCUUAGUCAACUUCAGGUGAAAACCUGGUACCAAAACCGAAGAAUGAAAUGGAAGAAAAUAGUUUUGCAAGGAGGAGGCCUGGAGUCCCCGACGAAGCCGAAAGGUCGUCCCAAGAAAAACUCCAUUCCGACAAGCGAACAACUUUCAGAACAAGAGAAAGUAAAACAAGCCGAAAAACAGAUCGAGAAUUCGCCAUCACCUUCUGAAGUUAACCAAGAAGAAUAACACGUCGAGAUGGUUAAAGCAAAACGAUUUUCCUCUUCAUCGGAAUUUUACAAACCGACGUUGAAACUGCAGCGAGCCACGUGUCUACCGACUGAAACGCGUCAUUCAUGUGGAAUUUACACUCAAACUUUAAAUGUCAGCUUCACCUUUGAAUUGUACUGUUCCCCUCUCUUCAAACACCAGCUGAUGGAACUUAUCGCUGUCAGAUUCACCAUUGUUAUAUUUUAAUAAGUAAUUAGUCACACUUGGAUGUUGGAUCAAUUUGCCGUUUGAUGUGGAAGUGUGUUGCCUAACGCAUAUCCGGUUUUAUGAAAUUGUUUUCAUUCCCCGAGUAAGAUUAUCGAGGCAGAAACUCAGAAACUGUUUAGUGCAUCAGAAUGAUCACGUUGCUCUUCGAAUUGUACUCAAUUAAAAAAAACAUUUUAGCGUCAUUCUUACGUUUUGACUGCAUCAAAUUAAAGCUCAGAAUUCCACACUGCAUAAACAGUCUUGCCAACACCUUCUGCUUUUUCUACAAAAUGUUGUUGAGGGAGAUGCAAUUAUCGUGACUUCUAUUUUAGUCUACAGACCUGUGGUGCCUCUCUGUCAAUUUAGUUUUAUAAAUAUUUUGACCAAACCAGUUUGAUAGUAAGUACUAUAUGUUAUGGUUCAGUGCAAAAGAGCCACAGCUACAGUAGCAGAUUUGAAGUGUUUGUACCAAGUAUCGAAUUUAUAAAUGAUUUCAUACACUUGUGAAAGAUAGGAGAAACUGUAAAUAAUUUUUGCAACAGUGACUAUGGCAUAGUGCCAAAAGUGUGUUAUGCCUUCCAACAAGAGAGAAGUACAGAAAUUUUGAUAUCCUAAUUAAAUGUGCUUGUAUUUUUUAAAUUUAAAUUUCCAUUUAUACUACUCUUACACCGAUACAAACAAUAAAAGAAUUAGUCAGUCCUCGUAUUCUUUUUUAGUAUUUUAAUGCUUUUCGAUUAGGUCUGCGCGCGUUUAGGUUCGAAAAUAUAUUAAAGCAUUGUAAGUAGAUGUGAGCUGGUAAAUUUUGUGUGCGAGUUUAAUCCUCAGGGCGCAUACUUUAAAGCAAAUUAUAUUUAUAUUCCUCACUGCAAUCCUUCUUUAAAUACCACAGCCGGUAAUGUAAUUGUUUGGCUGGCUUUUAUUUAAAGCUCUUACUCACAAACAACAAAGAAAGCCGUGCAGUGGAUGUUAAACAGAUAUAAACUGCUUGAAUUCAUGUUCAGGAAGGCGAGGCCCUCAGUUAACUAUAAGUUAAAUUAUAGUAAAUAAUUUCUUAAAUAAAUAAGCCAGCCUUAUUUGCAUAGGCCUGCUGUCACUUUUUCACGUUUCUGCAAAUUAUUGCUGUCCUUCCCACAUUGCCUUUUGUUCCCGCUCCCGUCUCCAAUCUGUAGUUCUGUUCCCAACGACUCCUAAGGUAGAGUCAGUUUGAACGUAUAUCACCUUUAUUGGUUGCUGGCAUAUAAUAAAAUUAAUUUUCCUUCUUGCUGAUAAUGUCAUAACGAUUGAAAUCAAAUAGCGAGACGUGAAUGCUUUCUGAUUAGAUGUAAAAUCGCUAAUAAUUUGGGGCGAUGGCCCGAAAUAUAACCGUACUUCCUCGUGUAAAAGCAUGUUAAAAGAAUUGAAGGCGCAGGAAAUCCCCUGUUGCUGCCGAACACUGUACUAAACUACACAGGCUGAUUGAAAGGCACUGAUUGUUACAUUGAUUGAAACUUUUGAUAUUUGUACAAAAAGUGGGAAAAGAAUGGUAACAAAACCAAACUGGUGCUGUAUCCAGGACACUGCCUCACCGUUACGGUUGGAGGAAUUGCUCUUAAGUGCCACAUUCACCUCCCCACCCCCCGCCUGCCCUGUUAUUGAAACUAAGUUAAAAAUCUUGCAUCAGUUGACAAAUAAUGCUCAUCGAAUUUCUACAACGAUCUACUCGAACACACAGCAUGUAGGACUGUUGAAUGCUUGUUGUUCCUGUAGUUUACAUAAUUUUCCUUGGGGAAUGUGUUGGAAUCUGUUAUCAGGGACGAGGUUAUAUGGCUGUCAGCAAACCAGUAACUGAUCGGCGAAGCUUAUACAGAUUUCUGAAAGCGAAACCGUGUUGGGGAAAUCUGAUUUAUUAACGGUGUAACUAAAAAUUGUAAACUAAUUAAGGGAUUUGGAUCUUCAGAGAAAAAAAGGUUCCACGCCAGAGGUUGUUAUACAAAAUUAGGCUGGUGGGAUUGGGGUAAUAUUUUAACUUGGAUUGAGGGUUGGUUGACAGACAGAGAACAGAAGGUAGGAAUGAACGGGGUGUAGACCUGAAUGAACACAGCGGGCCCAGCAGCAUCAGAGGAGCAGGAAGGCUAAUGAGCAGGAAUGAAUGGCUCAUUUUCAGACCGGCAGGCUGUACCCAGUAGGGUACACUGCUUGGGCCUCAGCUAUUUACAGCCCACCUCAAUAAUUUCAGCGAGAGUAAUGAAUCCAAGUUUGCCGACGAUACAAAGCAACUGGGAACUCGAGCUGUGAGGUGUAUACAGUGAGCCCGAGGAAGGAUAUAGAAAGGGCGAGAAAAUGGCAGAUUAAAUUGUAAUGUGGCAAAAUGUGGAGUUAACCACUCUGUUGGGGGAAUGGAAAAGUAUAAUUUUAAAAACGGUGAGACACUGAGAAAUAUUGAUAUUCAGAGGGACAUGGGUUACUUGCACACACAUUAUAUAGGUGCAGCCAGCAGUUAAGGAAGCAAAUAUUAUAUUAGCCUUUAUUCACAAAGGAAGAAGUAAUACUUGCAAAUAUAUAGGAUGGUUUUGAGACCGCACCAGAAACAUUGUGUAUGGUUUUGAUCUCAUGACCCAGGGACCAGUAUUUGUGCUUUUGAUCGAGUGCAACAGAAGGUUCACCAGUGACUCCUGCACUGAGGAGAUUGCUUUAUGGAGGGAGAGUGACCAGAGUAGGCCAUUCAGAGUGUAGAAGGAAAUCGUAUUUAAACAUAAAGUCUUUUGGGGUUUAACAUGAUAAAUAUUGGAAGGCUAUUGCUUCUAGCUGGGGAUCCUGUAAGUAGGAGUGGGAGUUUCAGAGACAGUUCUUUAUGACUGAGAUGGGGAGGAAAAAUUGUGAAUCUUUGAAAUUGUCUACCACAGGGCAAUGGAUGUGCAACUGUUGAGUAUAUUCAAAACAGAGAUUGGUAGAUAUUUUGGAUACAAAGGCAAAUAAAAGGUAUAGGAAUGGUGAAGGAAGGCAACGUCUGGGUAGAAGUUCAGCCAUGGCCAUUGGGAAGCAGGCUCGGAGGGGCGAAUGGACUAUUCCUGCUCCGUUUUGUGAUGCAAAUAUUAGUCUAGUGUGAAACUAAUUCUUUUCUAAUUUUGUUAACAUUCUAACUGAAGUUUUACAAUGCCAGUUCAAUUUUAGAUUAUGUAAAGAUAUGACUACUUUAUGAAUCUAUUUAUGCACUGUAUAUUUGUGGAUUACUGCCAAUGCAUAAUUCAAACAGGAACACUAAUUUAAACUAUUAAACAAUUUUCUCAGUGCCUGAUAUCUCUCAGUUUUGCUUAAUAUUUAAAAAGGGAUUUUAACCAAGAAUGUUCGGCUUUUUGCAAUGUCUACUACGUGAAAAAAUAAACGUAAUUACAAAAUC